AUGGUUGAUAAUGAUACAAGACUGAAAGAGUUAACUGUAUAUAGUUAUGAUAUUAGAUUGAAGAAGAAACAAAAUACUCGUUUAAUGAAAAAUGUCAUUCUUAUAGAUUUACAGGAGAAUAACCUUCAUUCUUUGGAUGUAUAUAUCAAAACUAUUAAUACCAUUGUGAAUGUCUCAUUUAUGCAGCAAUAUAUUCA